AUGUCCGAAGACAUAGACUCUGCAGAAGCAGAGGAGACAACAGUAGCUGAGCAGCCAUCAACCUCUGCUCCCCCACUUCCCUCUGCAGAAAACAACACCGGUGAAUGCAGCCUCAUCCAAGCCUCUGAAGCAGAGGAAGGCAGCUCCAGUGAUCCCACCAGGCAAAGGUCAACUCCCCAGUUCUCCACAUCUUUGAGAAUCCGGAUGCAGGAAGAAAACCUGUAUGCCAAGUUUCCUCCUGAGACAUCAGUGUUGCAGCAGUUUAGAAAUCAUUUGGUUUCUGUGCUUCAGAUUCCAAACUGCCAGCAGGAGGUAGACAACGUGUCCAGAAUGCUGAGGUACAUGCAGCCAACUGGAAAUGAGGUCAGCUUGGACUUCCUCCAGGACACCACAAUGCUGGGGGACUACUUCAAUGAGUUGAAGAGAGUGGGGCAGUCAGCAGCCACCAGGAUCAACUACAUUAAAAGCAUGAUCAAAUUCAUCAAGUUCCUGAAGCUGGAGCAUGGCUCAUCUGACCAAGGCUUAGUAAACAGCUGCAGUCAUUACCUGGAGUUUCUGACUGUUCUGAGAAAGCCAAUUUCAAAGACACACAACAGAGACCUGUGCAGUAUAAGACAUGACUACUUUGUUGGUCCGAAGACGGCAGUUCAUAGCUACCAGAAAGUCCUCCGAGAGGCCAAGAAGGAUGCUCUUGGAAUUUACAGGCGACUUCUUAGUCAUGAACCUGUUACAGAAGAAGAAAAGACGCAGUACCGUUAUUACUGUGAAGCCAUCCUCCUCCUGGGUCAUUUCCAGAGGCCUGGAGCAGUGGAGGAACUGACAGUCACAGAAUGGCUUCAGAAGGAAGACUGCAACGGACGGGUCGUCUUGGCCAACAAUCAGGUGGCUCCAUUUGCCCUGACACAGGAAGAAGCUGCAGUAAGUAAUAUUAAAGGCUGGUCUUUGUAG